AUGGCGCAAAGAAUACCGUCAGGAAUGGAUCUCAUACGGUUACUCAGGGUGAUGCAGUCAUGCGUGAAUCCUCAUAAGAAAUGGAAGCCACCCCCGACAAAUUGGCUCAAGUGUAACACUGAUGGUGCGUGGCACAAAGACAGAGAGAACUGUGGACUCGGUUGGAUCUGUCGAGAUAAUAAAGAGAAGCUAAUUUGGGCGGGAGCAAGAGCGAUUCAAAGGUUAGGGUCGAGCAUUGAGACAGAAGCGGAGGCGUUGCAAUGGGCAGCUGAGACUUUGGUAAGGUUUGGGUACAAGAGAGUGAUCUUUGAAACUGACUCUUUGACCCUUGCAAAGAUGCUAAAUGGAGAGGAAACAGUCUGGCUCAUUCUUCAGCCAACUUUACAGGUUAUAUCUCAUCUUCUGUCCAAAAUACCUGAAGUUGCAGUGCAGUUUAGUCCAAGAGGAGGGAAUAAGGCUGCUGACAGGAUAGCAAAGGAGACUUUUACUUACACGUCUAAUGUCCCUAAGUUAUAUUCUGUAGAGCCAAGUUGGUGA